UCCUAACCUCUUUUAGUGUUGUGAGAUGCGGUACAUCGUUUAUAACCUUGCAGUUAGAUGCGUUUUAGAUAAAACGUUGUGACAAGCUAAUGAAAAUUCUAUUAUGUUAAAAAUGAAAGGAAUGUAAAUAACAACGAAAUUUCCGAAAUAUUUUCAUCAGCGCAAAGAUGUCUUUGUACGACGACUUCGAUAAACAUCGGACAUCGGAAAAAGUGGCAGGAUGGUCAUCAGGAAUAAAAUUGAUGCAGACGCAGCUUCAAUUAAAGAAAGCUGCUAUACCGCACGGCAAGAGAGAACAAAAUAAAAAAGCAGCCGCCGUAUUGGCACCGGUAAUAGAUUUGAAGUCUAAGAAUCGCGAUAACGACAAAGAAGACGAAGUCGGUACCAAGUACUUUUCUGGAAACACCAGUACUUCUGGUGUAGGACAAGAAUAUGAUUGGAAUGUAAUAAAUGAAUACGAUCCAACAUGGCCUAAUGAAUAUGAAAAAGUAGUAAAGGAGUUGAGGGACUUGCGAGAUCGAGAACAUGAUCAGGAGAGUGAGCAACGCAGCACCAAGCGCAGCAGGCGAGAAAAUACUCAUUUUGAAGACAAUCAGUUAUCGAGUAUAGCUGCAAUGAGCAAUGAAAGAGAUGAAGAACGCACUACUUUUAGAAGUAAUCCUGCUGGUGCUACUAUAGCCCCACCACCAUCUCUGCAGGAAACGCCAGAAGUGGUACCAACACCAGCUCCAGCUCCCCCGCCUCCUCCUCCUCGACCAAGUCUAAACCAAGGAUAUGCAACAUCAUCUGUUGCUGCUAAAAUAAUGGCAAAAUAUGGAUUUAAAGAAGGCCAAGGUCUUGGAAAGAAAGAGCAGGGUAUGUCAGUGGCAUUGCAAGUGGAAAAAACAAGUAAACGAGGAGGAAGAAUUGUGAGCGAAAAGGAACAGUUAAUGCCCCCUCCUCAACUAAUGAACAUGUCCCCUCCUUCGAAUUCUCAACAAUUUAAUCAAGAUGAGCCAAGUAUUACUGAAAUUAUGAAAUCACCAAGCAAAGUUGUUUUGCUGAGAAAUAUGGUUGGACCUGGUGAAGUUGAUGAUGAUUUGGAACCUGAAGUCAAAGAUGAAUGUAAUACCAAAUAUGGUGAUGUGAUUCGUGUUGUUAUCCAUGAAGUAAUUGAUGCUCAGCCAGAAGAAGCUGUCAGGAUCUUUGUUGAAUUUAAAAGAAUUGAAAGUGCUAUCAAGGCAGUAGUAGACUUGAAUGGAAGGUUUUUUGGUGGUAGACAAGUUAAAGCUGGUUUCUAUUCUGUGGAAAAAUUAAACAAUUUUCAAUUAUUGGACUAGAAAUUGUUAAUUGUAUAAUAUAAUUAUAAUUAUUAUAUGUUUAUCAAUUAUAAAUUUCUUUCUUUCUAAGAGUGUAAACAUAAGCUAAUUAUUUAAGGCAUAAAUUUGUUUAAGAAAGGUAUUGUAAUAAAGUGUCUUCUCAACUUCUAA